AUGUUAAGGAAUAUUUUUCUGUUAUUUCUGCUAGGAUGCAAUAUAGAAGCAUUUGUUCGGAGGGAUCUGUCGUCAACAAAUUCAAAGCCAAAUAUCCUGGAAUCAUUCCAAAACAAUAUUGACCAGUUUAGGAACUGCAUAGAUCAAAGCUUGGCUAAAGCAAUAGGCGAGGUCAACGAGAAACAGGUGGAGCCAAUCCUUACUGUAGUCGGGGAUCAACUAAAUAGGAUUUCUAAAGCGUUCGAUGACUUAACGGCACCUAAAACACCCCAAAAA